AUGUCCGCUAUAACCAGUGACACAGUUGCGGCUGUUGCCAUGCUGCUAUCAGCACUUCAACUCUCCUCCGCCGACCGCGCAAAACUGGCUUCCAGCCUUCUCUCUGACAACUUUGGUGCUGCUUCAACAGAUUUGCAGGCCAAGCCCAAGUCCGAGUCCUCCAUCUCCCGCCUUCUCUCCGACAACCUUGUUGCUUCAACAGAUUCGCAGGCCGAGCCCGAGUCCAAGUCUUCCAUCAGCAGUGAUGAGGAGGCUCAUGAUGACGAAGAGCCUGCUGCCGCCAUCACCACCACCAGCCUGACUGCCGGCAUCAACACCAGCACCGCCAUCACCACCACCACCAGCCUGACUGCCGGCAUCAACACUAGCAUUGCCCCCACCAACAUUAUCACUAUUAUAGAUGAAACAGAUGGCUAUGCUAAUGCAGAUGCCGCUCUUGCCUUUGGCAGUAUCCUCAAUGUAUACAAGGGAGUGUACUUCAAUGUCCCAAUCGCUCCUCCAGAUGGCAUAACCGUCUACUAUAUCACCAGGGGCUGCAGGAUUGGAGUGUUCUCUGAAUGGAGCAGUGUCGGUCCCUGGGUCACCGGUGUUAGUGGUGCUCUCUACGCAAAGGCAAAGACUGUGGACAUGGGAAUCGAGAUUGUCAUCGCUGCGAUUAACGCUGGUGCUGCUGUGAGGGUAUGA